UUUAUAUUUGAAUUUAAUCCAAGAAACAGUUUAGAUUAUCGAGAAUUCUUAGAGAUUCCAGCCCUGAUGUUCUUGUUGCUAGCAGGCACAGUGGCAUUAGAAAGUUCGAUGUCUUUGAACCCUGUCAGCGUCUACUAUCCACAUAUAUUAGGUGCAAUCUUUUUGUCUAUAACUUUUCUCCCUUUUAAUAUAUUCUACUAUGAUGCCAGAAGAUGGUUGAUGGACGCUUUGAAACGUAUUGUACUGGCUCCACUCUUUCGUAUCGAAUUUCGUGAUUUCUUUGUUGCAGAUGGAUUGAACAGUUUAACGUUUUCAAUGGUUAACUCACAAUUACUUUGGAGACCGUUUCUACACAAUAUCGGGUGUUUUGGUGACAAUUGUGUGUCGACCUCACAAUUCAUUUACACUCCGUUGAUAGCAAUGUUACCCCCAUUGUGGCGACUUCUUCAAUGCUUUAGGCGUUACCAUGAUACAGGUCGAGCGUACAUUCACCUGGUGAACGCGGGAAAAUAUUUUUCGACAAUCAUAUUGGUUUAUCUGUCAUUUCUUUGGCAUAUAAAUGAAAAGUCAAUCGGGUUAUUUGCAUCAUUUAUAGGGAUUCAAAUAAUCACUUCGGUAUAUACAUUCUUAUGGGAUGUCUGUAUGGAUUGGUCAUUGUUUAUGUUGAAUAGUCCGAAUUUCUUGUUGCGUGAUGAAUUAGCUUUCAAACACCAUUCGUUCUAUUAUUUCGCGAUAAUUUUAAAUCUAUUUCUCCGAUUCAGCUGGAUCUUAAAUCUCACGUUGCCUGUCGAAUAUACAGAUAAAAUAACAAUGGCUUAUAUCAUUGCCUUCGGAGAAAUAUUUCGUCGGUGGCAAUGGAUUAUUAUUCGAGUGGAAAACGAA